AUGCAACAACAAAAAAUUCGACAACAGUAUUUACGUGACAAAUGGUGCUAUGCGCGUUCACGGUCGAGUUCCCAACAGUCCCAAAGAUGGCACCGGAGACGCGUCCGCAGCCGAAUUCGGUCGGCGCAGGAACCAGCGAAGUUGCAGUACAGGAAGUUGGGAGAUUCAGAUCUCUUCAUCAGCGAGAUAACUCUUGGAACAAUGACCUUUGGAGAACAAAGUACAGAGAAGGAAUCACAUGAUAUGCUCUCUUACUCUUUUGAUCAGGGCAUCAACAUACUCGACACCGCAGAAAUUUACCCGAUUCAACCCAAGCAGGAGACUCAAGGAAGGACUGAUCUAUAUGUAGGCAGGUGGAUGAAAUCCAAGCCACGAGAUAAAGUAAUUUUGGCCACCAAAGUUUCUGGUUAUUCAGAUCGCACUUUCCUUCGGGACAAUGCAGAAAUGGUGCGUGCUGAUGCUCCCAAUAUAAAGGAAAGUGUCGAAAAGAGCCUCUCACGCUUAUCGACAGACUACAUUGAUUUGCUUCACAUACACUGGCCAGAUAGGUAUGUGGCACUAUAUGGCGAAUUCAGUUACGAUUCAACUAAAUGGAAGCCAAGCGUCCCAUUUGAGGAUCAAUUGAAAGCUCUUCAGGAACUAAUUGAUGAAGGAAAGGUACGAUAUAUCGGCGUUUCCAAUGAAACCUCGUACGGAGUAAUGCGAUUUGUACAGGCUGCAAAGCUUCAUGGACUUCCAAAGAUUGUGAGCAUCCAGAAUGGUUAUAGUCUACUUGUGAGAUGCAGCUUCGAAGUCGAUCUUGCUGAAGUCUGCCACCCAAACAACUGCAACGUUGGGCUGCUCGCCUACUCCCCGCUGGGCAGCGGUGUUCUGACCGGAAAGUAUCUGGAUGAUAACUCUGGCAAUAGCAAGAGUUUCAGGCUAAAUCUCUUCCCUGGAUACAUGUAG